AGAUUUAAACUGAUAAUCUAUAAUCCGGAAUCGUCUAUAAUCCGGAAGUCCGACGAGUCCGGAUUAACGACUUUUGACUGUAUAAGUAUUAUCAACGUGCAUAGCUUUGAAGUGCACAAAUUAAAUAAUAUAUAUAUAUAUAUAUUAUAUUUUGUGUAUAUAAAUUAGUUAUUCUUUUCACGAAGCUUUAUGUGUCAUUAGAGUUACUGCCAUCUAGUUAGAUUUUAUGCCAACGUUUAUAUUUUAUACUAAGUAGUGGGCCAUUUAACAAAAGAGAACCUAUAGUCUUUGGUGUGUAAAAUAAGAUGAUGUAAAAUUUCAUUUUUUGUUGUUGUUGUUGUUGUUAUUUAAAAGAAACAAUGUUACACAUAUUAGGGUAUUCUAACUUAGAAAGAGUAUUUAUUCUAGAUGAAUUUGUAAAAGUAUUGUUUUAAUUAAACUGAAUGUGGUACGACUGAUAUCUAAAGUACUACUGGUGUAAUAAGUAACUAGGAAAGAAGUAGGAAUGACGUAUUGUUUCUAAACAGUUAAUUUCAAUAAAAGUAAUUUGUUCUGAAUAAUCAUGAGACAUGCUUUUGCAUUUCAAUAAAAAUAGAAAAAACAGAAGUAAAAUAGAAAAAAAAUUGUAUCAAUCUUCAAAAUCUGAAAACAUAUAUAUUUGGUCUUCCAGAAAGUUGUGUCUGUUUCUAUGACCAAUAUUCAACACGUAAGCACAUGUUUAUUUGGCACAUGUUUGGCCCUCUAUUUUUAUCACUUUAUGUAUAUAUACUGACGUAGCAAAUUCACUAAAGCAAAGUUGAUUCACGUUAUUCUUAAGUGUGAAGCAAUAUUGUAUUCAUGGCUACUGAUAAAGUUCAAUUAUGCCACUGUAUUUUAUAUGAAUUUACAAGAAAGAAAUGCUACAGAAGCAUGUAGAAAUUUAUUGAAAGUGUUUGGUGAAGGUACAGUUUCUGAUAGGACAUGUAGAAGACUGUUUGAAAAAUUUGAAAUAGGUGAUUUCGACCUUACUGAUAAGUCACAUUUUGGCGACCAUCUUUGAUCGACAAUGAUGUUAAGACCAUGUUGAAGCAAGAUAUUUUUCUGACAACAUCGAAGAUCGCAGAAAAGCUUAAUUCAGCUCGGGAAACCAUUUCGGACCAUAUUCAAAAGAUAGGAUUGACAUGGAAAUAUUCAAGAUGGGUGCCAUAUGAAUUAAGUCGCAAGAAUUUGGAUGAUCGAGUUGUCGUGUGCACAUCUGUGCUUGCUCGGAACAAAAUCUAGCCCAUUUUACACCGGAUUAUAACUGGGGGUGAAAAGUGGAUUACCUACAAAAACAUCGUAAGGAAAAGGGCAUAUUAUGAGCCUGAAAAAACCUAGCCUUUCCACGUCUAAACCAAAUUUGACUCUGAAUAAGAGAAUGUUGUGUAUAUGGUGAGACAUUUGAGGAUCAAUACAUUAUGAGCUUUUAAAACCGAAAAGCCCAAUUUGGAGAAGUAUUGUCAGCAACUCGAGAAUUUAAAGGCCAAGGAAAAAAGCCAGUGAUGUUCAAUAGGAAGGUUGAAUUUUUUCCUUAUUGGAAUUCGUACAAAAUACAGUGUCAUAAAUGAACUUUAUUGGCAGCCAUGUUACACAAUCGCAUCUCACGUAAUAAUGAUAUGAGACACUUAAGUUUCAAUUAAUUUAGAAGAGCACAUGUGCAUAAAUGCAAUAAGGAGAAAUAGCCAAAUAUAUAUAUAUGUCUCAAAUGAAUGCAUGCUUGUGUGUUGGAACUUGAAAUAACAUCCAGUGGACAGAACUUUCCAGUGGGUCAUAUCUAUACACAUACACAUAUUUCAUGUUUUGAUAUUUACAGAUAGUAUAAUUCUGGACCUGAUAAAACCGAAAGUAAGAUACUAAUAUUUUAGUCUUAUUUCUGAAGGAAUGAUAAAGUAAUGAAAAGUAUUUUUAUUAUACUAUAUAGUAUCUAUCAUAUAAUUUCAAAAGAUGAUAGAACAGUAAAAGUCUUGUUCUUCAUUCAAAGCAUUAAAAUAUUAAUCUAAAUCAUGUUUAUAGUCUUUAUGCUGUUGAGAUUGUCAUGGGAAGACAGAGGGUUAUUUGCUUUGCUGUAUGAGAGGCUGUUGAAAAGUUUUGCUUGUUAAUAAAAAUUGGUAAAAAUGAAAUUAAUAUUGCAUGAAGUUUCAUCAGAAAAACUUAAUUUUUUCAUUCACUGAAAUCAAUUUUUAAAGCAGUCAGUCCUUAGUCUAACGUGUUGUUCUAUAGAAUUUAUUUAUUUAUGUAUUCUGCUGCUACAUCUUUUCAUUAAGUGAUGAAAACUUUCCUUCUCUUCUCAUUUUUCACUGAAAUCACGUGGUGCUAGAUCAGGCAGGUAAGCUGAAUGGUACAAAAUUCUUAUUCUUGCCAAGUUCCUGCAGCUUAUAGAUGGGUGCAUUGUCAUGAUGCAAUAUGAAGAUCAAUUUUUGGUUUAUUUUCAGAAUAGUUAUUAAACACUGUAGAAAUCAAAUUGCUUCUGUAAUAGCAUUUUAUGUUUGUAGUCAGUUAGAGGAUGAUAAUUUUUUGGCCAUUUCCUUGUCUUUGCUUUUCCUUUUAUCAGUUAGGUUAAUUAAUUAGGACAAAAUAAUUCAAGGGCUAUUUGUCCAUUGUGAUGGAUGCCUUUGUAGAGGAAAACUGGUACUUUUCAUAUAACACAUGAAGAAAACAAUAAAACUCCCAUCUAGCCAGGCCAUUCAUCAGAAUGAACCUGAGUUGAACUACCAGUGUUCAUGGACUCAGCUAAUGAUGGGCUGCAGGACACUGGAACAUAUAAUUCUGUUAUUAGUUCAAGGUGAUGUUUCCUCAACUUCAAAGAUAUUUUACUGAAUAAAUUUUAAAAUUUAUGUAGAUAAAAAUCAUAUUAUGUAAGUUGUUCUAAAGAAAUUUUAUUUAUUAAAAUGGUAUGUUAAUAAAUCCUGUAUACUUUUAACAACUGUUUAUAUAAUUUAUAAAAAAAAAUCAAGAUUUUAUUGUAAGCUGGUAUGUCAUCUUUGAUGACCUACUGUUGAUCAGAAAUUCUAAUCUCAACUCCAAAGGUGUGGGUUUAAAUGUUACAUAAGCCUUGAUUGUUUUUGAUUGUUUUUGUUUGUCCUUCCUUGUUCUUAUGGGUGUAGCAUUAAUUGUCCCCUGUAGAAAAAUGUUGUUGUGUACAAAUUGCUAAAUGGCCAAUGGUUUCAGAUGUUUUUGAUGAAUAUAUUAAAAGGCAAUUGUGUAGUCAUUUUUACCCCCAAAAGGGGCUCUUAAUCUUGAAAGGGGAUUUUAUCUCAAGAAUCACUAUAUAUGUGGGGUAUCACUUUUCAUUCCACUCUCUUGCCAUAUGGCAAAAUGCAAGAUAUUUAUCUUUCAAAUUGAUACUCUUGAAUUGGAUUGUUUUAAAUAUUGAAAAUUUAAUUUAUGUCUAAUUAAAAAUAUUCGAUAUUUUCAUAGAAUAAUAUUAUGUAUUUUUGAUUUUUAUUUCAUGUUUUGUAAAACAUUAAUAAGUUUUACAUUAACAAACUCAAUGAUUUGAAAGUGAGCAGUGGCAACAAGUGUAUGGAAUAACACUUCAGUGCAUCAGACUGUCUCUCAGAAAUUCUGCUAUUUUAAGAUAAGCUGUUUUUAAAGAUAUGCUGUUUUUAAAUAUUUUGUGAUUUUGCAUUGAGUAGAAUUUUAUGUGGCAUACGUGCAAAGAAUAUAUUUAAUAAGAAAACUAAAUAUUGAUAUGAUGAAUUAAGAGUGAAAAAAAGACUGAAAAAAUAGAAAAAUGUGUGCCAACACUUAACACUGCACUAAGAGGUCUAAACAUAUGCUGCUUUUAAAAUCUUUGUGAUUUUACUGUAGAACUGUGUGUGUUAUAAGUGUGAAGAAAAAGAUGCUUAAUAAUAAGGGUAAAAAAAAAAAAAAAUUGAUUAGUAGGAGUGAGUGUAACAACUGACUGGUAGACUGUUAGCUCACUGAGAUCUUAAGAAACCUUAACAAACACUUUGGAGCAAUUGUUAAAGUCUCAAAACUUUUUUAACUUGAAAACUUGAAAUUUCUUCUUUCAAGCAAAGUGUGAUUUUUUAGUGCUGUGGCAAAAGUAAUGAAUUUUUAUUUCAUUUAUAGUUGUUUUGUUAAUUGUUUCAUUUUUUCUUAAUUUUCUCCCCCUCGUAGGUCUGAGGCCAUUGCUCUUUUGAACGAUACUCCUGCUAAAUGUUUACCUUUGAUUAAAUUCAGAGAAUUAUAUGAAAUAAGGUAUCACAGAGCCAUUCCAUUAUCUGAAUUAUACAAAAUGCGUGAUGUUGUGACUAUUCAGGGUGAUUCUGGCAGCCGUGUUAUAAAACUGAAUACAGGGUAUUGUAAAACACCAUCAUUAUCAGAAUCUGAAGAUUCUCAGGAAUUUAAUGUAAUUGAAAGACCAUACUGUGAGCGUCAUUUCCGUGUUAGUUCUUCUGAAGGUUGGGCUGAGCAAUAUAGUAUAUGCCCUUUGCCUCUCGUUUAUAUGUCUCUUAAAACUCUUGCAACUGCUGUGCAUACUUUAUUGGACAGUCACCAAGGAACACUUCCACUCAUCAGCUUCUGUGACUGUUAUGAAGCUGAAAUUGGUCCAUUAUCUGUUGUUGAUACAUUUGAAAACAUGACAAAGGAUGAAAUUCCACACUUGGAUCCUACUGCGCAUGAUAAUCCUAUCCCUAGAAGUCCAAAAGGGGUACCUUUGGAACAUUUAAUUGCAUGUGUUACAGGUGUGGAGGUUGCAAAGUCAGUACUUUGCAUUAAAAAAGUUCAGUGGCUGGAAAAUAAAGCACCAGAUUUUCAAGGCAUCAGAAACAUCAAUCCUGCAUUAGCUGGUCCUUUGACUUUGUUUGGUCGAGAAGUAAUGGAUCUUCUUAAAAGUCAGCCUCAGUGUUUAGUUCCUUUUAGUAAAUUUAUUCCUACCUAUCAUCACCAUUUUGGAAGGCAGUGUCGUGUUGCUGAUUAUGGUUUCACAAAAUUAAUUGAUCUCCUUGAAGCUGUACCUCAUAUAGUUCAGGUUUUAGGAGAAGGCCAAAACCGGCAAGUAACACUUACUCAUCGAACUCAAGUAAAACGGUUUGCUGCUGAAUUAUUAAGAAUUUUAAAGUCUCGUGCCAGCAAGCAAAUUACUGUUUCUGAAUUUCCACAAGCAUAUGAGCAAGUUAUAGAAAAACCUUUUGAAAUCAUCAAUUAUGGAGUAUGUGAAAUCGAAGACAUGCUAGAUGAAGUUCCUGAUAAUAUAAUAGUUACUUGCAUCUCUGGUAAUGAAAUUAUUAUUGGAAUACCAAAAAGAGAACAGACAGCUGAAGAAAUCGAACGUACAAAACAGUUUGCAGCUGAAGUAGUUGAGCUGAUGAAGCAUACACCUCAUUGUUCAAUGGCGUUCAAUAAGUUUAUCCCAGCAUAUCAUCAUCAUUUUGGAAAGCAGUGCCGUGUUGCUGAUUAUGGAUUCACAAAAUUAAUUGAAUUAUUUGAAGCCAUACCAAAUGUCCUCGAAGUGAAAGGAACUGGAGAAGACAAAAUUCUAAAUCUUAUUCCCAAAGAACAACAUAAAAUACUUACAGAUCGUUUUGUAUCUCUCUUGAAGUCCCAACCUCAAGAAGUUAUAGACAUAAAUGAGAUUAAUUCUACCUAUGCUCGCAUGUUUGGUCAUGCUUUGAGACCUGUCGACUUUGGUUUCACUGACUUAUAUGAACUUUUGGAAAAAAUGAAUUCAACUAUUAGGAUCAUCAGUAAUCACAACAAAACAUAUGUGAAUCUCAUUAAUUGGAGCACUAUUAACAAGGUAUCUCUAAAUCUGAGACAUUUAUUGAUGGAACAAACUGAUGGAAAACUGCCAAUUAAGGAGAUGCUGAAAUUGUAUCAAGCACGUUUUUGCCAAAGAAUUAAUCUUUCUAUAUAUGUACAAGAUCUCAGAAAUGUUAUCAUUGUUGAAGAUGGCAUUGUAAUGCUGACACCUUUACAUUUGCUUGCUAGGAAUCUAAUUGUGUUGCUAAAGGCACAUGAAGGGCAAAUGCCAUUAUCAAAUCUUGGUAGUUUGUUUCAACAACGUUUUGGAAUUUCUCUUUCUGCUGCAAAUUAUGGAUUUUCGAAUAUGUAUUCAUUAUUUGAAAAUCUCGCUGAAUACUUCAUAGUCAAAGGCAAGAAGCAAAAACGCAUAGUAUACUUGAACUCCGACAGCAUAGAUGUAAAUUUUGAUAUCAGCAGUUUGGAUGACAAAUGUUAUGAAAGUAAAAGUGAUACAGAUAUUUUAAGUCAGCCUGUGCCAAGUUGUGUUCCAUCACCUUAUCUUGAACCUGUUAUCAAAGAGAACUUGGAAGAUUUGAUGGGAUUUGAAACUCCUCCUUCUAAUGGUGCAGAUUUUGAUGUAUCAUCAUCAUGUAAUGUCAGUGAUUUUAAAAAUUCUUGCGACAAGCAAUAUGCAGUGAAGGUUGCUUCAGAAAUUCCUCCUUUCUCUGCAGGGAAACAAAUGCAAGCUGAUACAUCAUCUUCUGUUUCUCACACCAGCAGUUUCUUAAAUAUGCAUACAGCUCAAGCAAAGUAUUUUAAUCCUCGAUCUCACUUAUCUCUGAAUGCUCAGUUAUCUUCAUAUGCAUUUAAGCAGCCAAGUACAAUAAUUCAUGAACCAACAGUAGCACAUAUUCAGUCUGUGAUAGAAUAUUCAGAUGCUUCUGUUUCGAAGACUGUUUUACAUUAUAGUUCUGGUUCGGAAUCUAAAAUUGCAUCUACUGCUAGUACAUGCAAAUUAUCAACUUUACGCUCAGAAAAAAGAUUUGAAAGUCGGAACUUGAUUUGCCAAAAAGUUUUAUCUGAUCAAAGUAUUAAUAAAUCAAAAUUAGACUCGCAUUCAUUUGAAGAUCUGACUAAAUGUAGGCAGCAACUUCAGGAAACAAUUAAUAAUGAUCUUCCAAGUUCUAAAAGCACACCAACCAGAUCUAGCAGACAACUCAAUCGUCGAAACAGAAUUGCUGCUCUGUUUUCUUUGCCUAUCAUUGAUUAACUUUUAUUGACUUUUGCACAUUUUCAGUGUACAAAAUCAUGAAAGUUCUCUAUUUAGUGCUAUUUUAUUGUGCAUUUUUGUGGUUUUUAUUGUUGAAGUAUUUAAUUUAUUAAACCAAAGUUUAAAUUUACAUUGGCUUACAGGAUAGUAAUUGAAGUUUAUUUGAAGGAAGUUAAGUUUUGUAGUUUCUGUAUGAGUCAUUUCAUCAUUUUGUUUUUAAACUAUGGAUUCUGAGUGUUUUUAAUCUUAAAUAUGAAUAACAUUUGAAAAGUACUUAUGGUUCUUUUAUUUUUACAUUAUUUCCCACAAAAAGGAAACAAUAUUGCUUAUUUUUCACCUAAAAAUGGAUUUAUCUCUAUGUUUUUAAAGUGGUGAUUGGAGUAAUAUUAGCAAUUCUAUAUUAAAGCAUUUUAACUGUUUUAUAAAUAUGUAAGCUAAUUAAGCCUAGCAUUAUAGGUUUAUGUGAGUAUUUAAAAAGUUUUUUUGCCAGCAUGUCUUUUUUUUGACAUGUAUGGAUAUAAAAUGCAUGUGGAAAUGAUUUUUAGUCAGCUGUGUGCAUUAAUAUUAAUUUCUGCACAGCAAUUUUGCAUGCCUUUAGUUGUUUAAUAUUUCACUGAGUUUUCCUGUGUGGAUUACCCAUGUCCAUAGUAAAAUUUACACAGUUUGGUGUAAAAGUAUUAGCUACAACAUAUAUGUAUACUUGCUUGACAAGUAGGGCAUUUUUCAUAAAAAUAUAUUUCUUUGCUUGUCAGAUAAGGUAUAAAUCUUGUUUUGACUAUCCUGUAAGUAUUGAUUAAAAAUUGGGUUUUUUAGGGCACUGAAGUUUAGUAUGUUAAAUAUAGCACAUAAUGUUUUGAACACAUAUAUUUUUAUCUUCUGUAAAAAUUCGUCUUUGUAUCCAAAUUUGAUUUUGAAGUAUUUAUGGUUUAUUUUGUAAUUUGAAUUUUUAAGUUUGUUCCUAAUUCAAUGUUUGUAAAUUUUUAUCCCAAGAAAUAAAACUUUGCAGCUGAUGA